AUGUCGCUAUCAAACGAGCAGCUUCGCGCCCUAACCAUCGUUGAGCGUUGCGCCUCGUCGCUAUCCAUUCUAGGCGUAGCGACAAUUAUCGGCACGUUCAGCUUCUCGCGGCACUUCCGCAACCCUAUCCAACGGAUCAUCUUCAUCAAUGCGUUCUACAACUUGUUCGACUUCAUCGCUACGAUGAUAUCUCUUGACGGGCCUGAUUCGGGAAAUGGCUCAGCAUUAUGCCAGUUCCAGGCUUUCUCUCUCCAAAUGUUUCCGCUGGCAGAUGUAUUCUGGACACUUGCCACAGCUUGGAACGUCUUCCUUGUUGUCUUCUAUCAAUAUGAUGCUGCAGCUUUGCGUAUGCUUGAGAAGAAGUACAUUGGUGCCAUUACUACCCUUGUAUUUAUCCCUGCCGUGACUUUCCUCUUCAUCCACACCCCAGAGAGAGGGCCCAUGUAUAGCAGUGUGACAGUUUGGUGCUCGAUCUCUCCCGAUUGGGUGCUCUUCCGCAUACUCUUUUACUAUGGACCAAUAUGGCUUACUAUUUUCGCUAUAAUGAUACUCUACACUCUCAUUGGCCUCGAGAUUAUCAAGCUGAAAGGCAAAUUCAAAUUGAUCAGCAAUGACCGUAUUCCCCUGGGCUCGACAUAUAAUAACUCUUUUGAUAAGCCCAACAGCAACGUUGCUACUAAGACUGUUAAAGUAAAUGCCAAGUCAGAACCACAGGAUACAGAACAAUUCUCUAUCAAUAAUACUCCUGCUUUUCAGUCACAUCCGUCGAACAGCAUCACCCUGAAGCUUCCCAAGCAAUCGCCUAUAUCAUUCAGACACUACAUACUCAUGCCACUAAUAUUCUUCAUCGUACUGCUAGCAACAUGGAUACCGCUAACAGUCAACCGUGUUUACGCCUUUGUUGAUCCUGGCUAUCUAUCAUAUCCGCUUCUUGUUGCUGUGGGCGCGAUGGGCUCACUGCGUGGUUUCUGGAAUGGAAUCCUUUUCGUCACCAUGGGUAUGAAAGGGUGGAAGAAGCAGAAAAGGCUGGAGAGGGGAACUUUUACUAUCGGUAUGUGA